CGAGCUGCGACAGGGGCCGUUUCGUCACAGACCUCAACGAAACGAUAACAUUUUUCUUUUUUUUUGUUUGCCCAGCCGUCGCCGUCGUUUUGAGUUUUCGACCAUCGAACGUCCAGAUCCGCAACGUCCACGGCGGGGCGAUGUCGCAGCUGAGCAGUUCGUCGAGUUCGAAGCGUACGAAAUCGCCAUUUUAGCGUGGUUUAAUGUUAGUCGAAAUCGUGACAGAACAACGCUCGGCCGUAUCUGUAUCGCGUUAUUCACGUAGUGCUUUAUUCGGGAACUCGAAAUCCAAGGUUGAUGGAACCGAAAUCGAGACCGUGCGGACGUCAAUGUCAGUGCGAUUAAUCGAACGAUGCGAAUGCUAGGACUCGCGUAAUAGGAAAAGCCAUCCCCGAGAGAACCGCGCGUUGAUAUAUUAUCGGGACAGUGGCUCGUCGAACCGGUCGAAGGCAUAUUUGAUGGCUGUGGCGGUUCCCAACUGCCACUCGAGGGUGUCGAUGUCCGUCUCCAUGAGCAUAAUGCAGGGUACAGCCGGGCCGACCGCGGGAGCAGGGCAACAAGGGGGACUCCACGGGGCCCAGCCCUACUACCAUCCGCAGCACGCCGUGGCACCGGCCCAUACGCAGGAACAGGUCCAACCGGAUAGGCCCAUCGGGUACGGAGCCUUCGGUGUCGUUUGGGCCGUAACGGAUCCGAGGGACGGCAGACGGGUGGCGUUGAAGAAAUUACCAAAAGUGUUCGCAUCGGUGAUCUCGUCGAAGAGGGUGUUUAGAGAAUUGAAGAUGUUGUGUUUCUUCAAACACGAAAAUGUUCUUUCGGCCUUAGAUAUCCUUCAGCCUCCGCACUUGGACUUUUUUCAAGAAAUAUAUGUAAUUACGGAGUUGCUGCAAAGCGAUUUACAUAAAAUUAUAGUUUCGCAUCAGCCCCUAUCAUCGGACCAUAUAAAAGUUUUCCUGUACCAGAUUCUUAGAGGUUUAAAAUAUUUACAUUCGGCUAGGAUAUUACAUAGGGACAUCAAGCCUGGUAACCUUCUGGUAAAUAGUAAUUGUGUUCUAAAGAUCUGUGAUUUUGGCUUGGCGAGAGUGGAAGAACCGGACACGAACAAACCCAUGACGCAGGAAGUGGUAACGCAAUAUUACAGAGCGCCGGAAAUUCUGAUGGGCACCAAGCAUUACUCGGCGGCCGUCGACGUCUGGUCGGUGGGCUGCAUCUUCGGCGAAUUGUUGGGACGAAGGAUACUGUUCCAGGCCGAAAACCCGUUCCAGCAAUUAGAAUUGAUCACCGAGCUGUUGGGCACGCCGUCGCUGGAAGACAUGAAAUACGCCUGCGAGGCGGCCAAAUCGGACAUGCUGCACAGGGCGCCGAAGCCGCCGUCGCUCUCCGCCCUCUACACGUUGUCCUCGCAGGCGACGCACGAGGUCGUGCAUUUGUUAUGCCAAAUGUUGGUGUUCGAUCCGGAUAAACGAAUCUCCGUCGUGGACGCACUGGCGCAUCCCUAUUUGGACGAAGGCCGGUUGAGAUAUCACUCGUGCAUGUGCAAAUGUUGCUAUACGACGGCGAGCGGCAUGCGACAGUACACGUCGGAGUUCGAAAGUACGGCGCCGCAACCCUUCGACGAUCGUUGGGAGAAGAAACUCAACACCGUGCAACAAGUCAAAGAAGAGAUGCACAAAUUCAUAGCGGAACAACUGAACACGAGCCGAGUCCCUUUGUGUAUAAAUCCCCAAUCUGCGGCGUUCAAGAGUUUCGCCAGCUCGACGGUCGCCCAUCCUUCCGAAUUACCCCCGUCGCCUUAUCAGUGGGAGUACUGAUAAGCCACCGAGGGCAGCUGUUCGAAGACAACGUCCGUCGAACUACGUCUUUUCAGUUUUCGUCGUCUCUAAUAAAUUGCUAUAUGAAGAAAACCAAACCGAUGAUGAUGAUGAUAUUUCGAACGGACGUAGUGGAGCCUAUCUGUGUUUCACCUCAACCAUACACCAAAUAUUAACGAAUCAGGGAUCCUAUGCAAUGCAAAUCGAGAAAUUGAUAAGAUUUACGGCGCUGGCUGACAAAACGAACAUCCCCAACGUAAUUGUGUGUGUUUUUUUCGUGUAUAUUUAGUCGGCAAAUGUGUGAUUUUAUUCCAUAUACAAACAAAUUAACAAGUAGAUCUGCCUAAGAAUUAGACUCGUGUGGUUUUUGACAGUUCAUCUCGAAAGGAACGAACAAUUUUCAUUUUCAAAUUGGAUUGGAAUUAAAAAAAAAAGUAAAAAUUUGGCAAGGUUUUUUAGAUGACCUAUUGCAUAAGUUUAAACACCUAAAAUUUAUCGAUUUCUAGAUGUAUUUUAUUAUUGUUUAAUGUUUAACCCGGCUUGGUCGUUUUAACGACAGGUAAUGAAAAUGUUUUAAUUGCAAAAAACGUAACGUGUACUUAUUGUAUUUGCGAUAGUUGCUAACUUUUAUUAUGUAUUAUAAUAAAACAAAGUCCGUGUUGUACAUAAUAAUAAUAAUUGUGUAAUUCGUAGCAAUUGAAAUUGGAAACAAAAACUACGAGUCACCCUGUAGAUACAGUGUACAGAAAUCACUGCCUUGAUUAGUUCUAGUGAAUGAAAAAUUUGUAGUGUUUAGUUGGAUAAGACUGGCGAAUUUUUUCAUUCGUUUUUUUGUAACGUUCCAUUGGCAGUCUUUCGAAAUUACGCAGUUUUUUUU